GGAAGCGGCGGCGGCAUGGGGCGGAGCGGGGCCGCCCUGCGGCUGGCCCUGGAGGGGAACAUCGGAGCCCCAGGGCUGUGCCAACCUGCUGCAGCUGAUGUACCAGGAGCCUGCCCGCUGGUCCUACACCUUCCAGACCCUGUCGUGCCUGAGCCGCCUCAAGGCCGCGCUGGAGCCCCCCGAGGAGGGCGGGGGCACCCCCGGGACCCCCCCGGCCGUGCGGGUCUUUGAGCGCUCGGUGUUCAGUGACAGGUACCCCAAAAAGGGGCACGGGCUGGGGGUGGGCGCCCAGGGUGGGCAGAGUGUCCCCACAGGGGUGCUGAGUGGCAGCAAUGGCAUUUGGGGGUGUUUGGGGGGUGGCCCUUGAAGGCUUUUGGGGGAUGCCCGGCUCGGUGGGCACCACGUGUGCCCCACAUUGGGGUUUUUUACCUUAACUGAACCUUAGGUUGAACCUUGGUCUUG